AUGCGGUCAACGGUCCUGUUAGGCUUGCUGCUCUGCUCGACGGCUCGUGCAUGGACGAUCAAGCUUCCUGACUUUGCAAAGGGCCAACAACAGCAGGAUGUCGCAGCAGCAGCGCCCGAGCCGGCAGUGGCACCCUCUGCGAGCAGUAGUGGCGUCAUACUGACCUCUCCCGCUGCGCCUGAGCAGGCCAGUCAGCCUGUAGCAGGCGACACGUUGAGUGAGCCGGCCUCGACAGCCGAUAUACCCACGCCCAGCGGAUUCGGGACCCUCUUUGCACCCAAGAAGGCGCCCGUGCUGGCCAUAGAUCCCUACGAUGGACUCGAGUAUCGCUUCAAGAGACUCGUCUUCCGACCGGCCACAUUCUACAAUGAGGCCAUCAUGCUUGCCUUUGGCCUGCUCUUCAUCGUUGCCACCUUUAGAGGUCGCAAAGCCAACGCUCGUCGUGCAGAGGCUUGGAUGGAUGCCCACGUACCUCUCCUCGAGUCUCAGUUUUCGCACGUUGGUGCCUCUGCAAACGGCAUCAUCAAGAAAUCCUCGCCGACUGACUUCAUGACCUAUGCAUCUGGCCGACGCGGCCUGCGGGCUCUGACGGUGCAGGUCAAGACGAGGGCCCGUCAUGAUAUUUCCAUUAUGGCCUACGAGUUCAUAAGGCAGAUCCUCGACUUUACCUGGCAGAGCGAUGCCGACAGAAUCAAGCUCGAAUUCGCAUUGUCAUCAUCCAAUGAGGACUUCAUCUUUGCACUCUCUCAAAAGACAAAUCUCAACACACUACGACAGGAUCGCUGGGAUCUCGGCGCCUUCACGAGCGUGACCGAGAGCAGCGCGCUACCGCCAGCAUGGGCGACAAUGUCAGAAAGCACUGUCAUCACCCAGACCCUUCUCACGCAUCCCAAGAUCGGCCUCGUCACACUCUUCAAGCAAGAAGAGCCUUGUCUCGCUUACCUCGAAAGCAUCGUGGUCACCGAUCUCGGCACGACCGGCAUCGAACGGCCGGACGAUCCUAUUCUCGAGAAGCUUUCGGAGAUCAAGGAUAGGCGUCUCGUCAUGACUCUCGCCCUUCCCCCGACCGCAAAAGCGAGCGAAACUCUGCCUUUGCUCGUACUUGGCUUCAAUUUUGUCGAUGUGCUCAGCAAGCCAGUCGCUCCUGCAGACACUGUUGCGAAGCUCAAAAAGAAUCGCAAGGCCACGCUAGAUGAGCUGCUCGUCGCGAGUCGCAAAGAAGCCAGAGAUCUUGCGGCCGAUGCCUUGCGGGAGAAGAAACGCAGCGAAGCAGAGGCUAAGCUUUCCAAGCUUUCGCCCGCCGAGCAAAAGAGAUUAGACGAGAUCAGGCGAAAGCGCGAACAACGCAAGUCCACCCUCACGCCGGUAACUUUGCGAGCGCCUACUGAGUGUGAGGCACAAGCAAAGGCAACAAUAGGCAUACAACAAGCUUGGGCACCGGCUGGGAGCAUUGCACCUGGCUGCUCACAGCGCGAAUGA